AUGAAGAUUCUAAAUAAGCCUUUCAGUGUUGGCGUUUUGUGCACGAUCCCUUUUCUUCUGGCUUGCAUGGUUGACGGCAAGAACGUCGCUAACUUGGACAUCGUCCUCGACAAGCAAACCGGGAAGCUGAAGCGCCAACUCCCAUCCCUGCACGCGCGCGAUGGCUCUCUCCUGCGCAGAGAUCCCAAAAGGCUACCUUUAGACCUAGAGGAUUUGUUCGAAGGAAAGUUGGACAAGAGGAGCGAGAGGGAGACAGACAGGCAGGAGUUUUUUAUUAACCACGGGCAAGAGGGGAACGCAGACCAAGGCGAGCCUUCCGACCCUAUCUGCCUCGACUCCCGUAUCCCUUCCAUGAACGAAAUAAGCAUUUUCGGUAGUUAUCUGAGGGACGACAUCACAAUGUCUCGCAUAAUUGAGGAUCCCUUGGAAGAUGUUAUUAUCUUCGCGCCUUCUGAUAGUGCCAUCGAGUCCUUGCCGCUCAAGCCAUGGCAAUUUCCUGCUGACGUGAGCGAUAUCGAAUCAGGCGCCGAAGACGAAGAGGCAGUGGACAAAUUAGUGAGUUCAAACAUAAGGCAUUUCGUCAACUCGCAUAUCGCGACCGGAACAAGCAUCGACAAAGCCAGAUCCAUGAAGAAAUGCAUGGGAGGCUCGGUCGUGCUCAGAAGCUUUGCCUUCGAGGGGGACGAAAACUCCGGGGACAUAAUGUUGAAAAAGAAGAGAGGUAAGUACUAUGUUGCGUCCUCUCUUGACAAGAAAUUCCAGAAAGUUAAAAGAGUCGAGCGGGCACAGAAUGGACUUAUUUUGGUUAUUGAUGCUACUCUUAUCUCGCCCUGA